AUCUAUAUACAUAUAUGUUAUUUUGGUUGACACUCUGGAAGUCAUCCUUCUGUUGCCUGUUUUAUAAGGUGGUGGGGUUCUUUUCUACAGGAAAACGAUACAUGAACUGAACUCUGGGCCAAGAAAGAGAAAGCAAAGAAAAUCGUGAUGGCAGGGGAAAGAAGGCAACAUGUUGCAAUAGAUGUAGUGUCAUUGUCAUCUUCAUUACUAAAUAUGAUGGAGGGCCCCAAUCUAAACAUGCCUCCUAGAUGCUGCAUCUUCUUAACCCCAAAAAUACUCAGAAGGCAUAAUGAAAAAGCUUAUGCCCCCAAUGCAUUUUCAAUUGGACCUUUUCACCGUACCGACCAGAGCCUAAAAGCCACAGAAAAAGUUAAAGUCAAGUAUUUCCAAGCCCUCAUUCGUAGAUCAUCAUCUCCAAAUCCAAAACAAAAGUUGGAUGAGAUAAUAAAAGGCAUUGGGGAGAUUGAAAGGGAGGCUCGUGAGUGUUACGCCCCGCAAGCUUGCCUUCCCAAUGAAAAUGAGUUUGUGAAAAUCUUGGUACUCGAUGGCUGCUUCAUUAUCGAGCUGUUCCUAAGACACGCUCAUCAAGAGCUCAGAGAUUCGGAAGACCCUGUAUUUAACAUGUCUUGUAUGUUUCAGCUUCUACGCCAUGACCUGUGUUUGCUGGAAAACCAAAUACCUUGGCUGGUGCUUGAGCGCCUGUUCGUCAUGACCAGCGGCCGCCAUAGAUCAAGCCCACCCCUCGUUGCACUUGCCCUUAAAUUCUUUGCUACAACAUUCCAAUCAGAACCUCUACCCACGGAUAAACCUGAGGACGGGCCCAAUGGAAACAAGCAUAUUCUUGAUUUGUUAAGGAAUUUACUGAUUUGGAAAUCAACAGGACUAGGCGUAGGCGGCACUUUAGGAAUGCAGCCAAUUCCUUCUGCAAGGAUUCUGGAAGAGGGUGGAAUCAAGUUCCAGAGAGUAAAAUCUAGUUCCAUCCUGGACAUCAAAUUACGCAAUGAUCAUGUACUAGAAAUCCCACCAUUAUUGAUUCAGGAAACCACAGAAGUUGGGUUUCGAAACCUAAUCAGUUACUAACAGUGUCUACCAGGUUGCAGACCCGUGAUCACUUCUUACGCCAUACUCUUUAACAACCUCAUCAAAACUUCCAAAGAUGUUAAUAUACUCAUAGAGAAUGGGAUUAUACAUAACUGGUUGAAUCUGGAGGAUGCAACUCAAUUCUUCAACAAGCUUUACCUGGAUACCUAUGUCAAACAGUACUUCUAUCUCCAACUAUCCAAUGAUAUCCACUUACAUUGCCACAACACUUGGCCCAAAUUACGCACUUUUUUGGUGCGCAAUUAUUUGUACACCCCAAUGGGUAUCAGUUCUCAAAUUGCUGCAGUUGUCCUCAAUAUUUGCGGCAUCGUACAAGCUGUGCGUUCCAUCGUCAAGAAGUGAUCUCAGCAGCAGAGACUUCCUUUCCUAUUAGCUAGCUAGACUCCUCCUGAUCACAUACUACUCGACCGAGAUCAUAGUCAUGUGUAUCAAUGUGUAGUUAAUUUGGCUUUAAGUACCUAUGAAUUCCCUUCAUUUUCAUGACCAGUUUUUCUUUUGGU